UGUGGCAAGUGCGGUGUUGCGUUGAGGUCCUUAACAAGCAAAAGUGCGUACAUUUUGCAAUAACUAGACAGCUAGCCACUAAGCCAGUGAAUGCUGCUGCAAUAUUGAUGCAUCGAUAUGGCGGAAGAAACCACACCGUUAACCACUGGAAUGUCACCGCCCUUGGGUCCGGCAUACGUUUUCCCAGGCGGUGUGUCACCACGUUCGCGUCGUUAUCGGAAAAUGCAACAAUUUCAAUGCUGUCUCGGUAUCACCGUUGUACUCAUUGUUCUCGCCGCUUUAAUUGCCGCAUUUGUGCUUGUCGAAGAACCGGAGGAACCGCCGACUCCGAUACUACUUGCGGCGGCUAUCAUAAAUGAAACAAAUCCGGCGAAUAGCAGUGCGAAAGCAAGCGACGCAUUAGAAGCUGCAACGACACCAUUGGCCGACGAACCCAACACUGAGUGGGCAUUAAAACGAGCACACAUAAACCGCACGCAAAGCGUAGAGGCAGUUGGUGCCGGUAUAAAGGCAUUAGGUGACCGCGAAAUUUUAGAGGAAAGCCAGCAAUUGACGCCCAUACACAGUCCCGCCUACCGGCAUUAUCGCGCGCUCAGCACCGGUCCGGAGGCACGCAAAUUGGCACGACGCGGUUAUGUGGAAAAUCAUGCGACUACGCGUAUUGCCGAACUGUUGAACUAUACGAAGCCGAAUGGGCGCCAUAACAUUGGCAAUGGACCGACAAUUGAGCUGCCCGAUCCGACAAUGAAUUUUACAUGCGAUUUCAAUGCGCGCUAUCGUACGGCUAGUGGGGUGUGCAACAACAAGGCACAUCCGCGUUUGUACGGUGCUGCCAUGAUCCCUUAUAGACGCAUGGUGGCGCCCGAUUAUGCGGAUGGUAUUUCAAGGCCGCGUGCCAGUCAUGCUAGCGAUGGUACUCAAUUGCCACCGGCUCGUAAAGUUUCUUUAGAUAUACAUCGUGCUGCUUAUGAUACUGACGCCAAUUUUACUGUUAUGUUGGCAGUAUUCGGUCAGUUCCUCGAUCACGACAUAACAGCAACUUCACUAUCCUCUUUACCGGAAGGUGAAUCGAUCGAUUGUUGCGCCUUAACUACAGCAGAGAUGCAUCCGGAGUGUUAUCCAGUGCCGAUAUUGCCGGAUGAUCCGUAUUACCAGCGUUACAAUGUGACUUGUUUGAAUUUUGUACGUUCUGCUCCUGCACCGACCGGACAUUUCGGUCCACGACAACAACUCAACCAAGGUACCGCUUUUAUUGAUGGUUCUGUGGUGUAUGGGUGUACAGAGCAACGGCAACGGCAUUUGCGCACCAUGUUGAACGGUACAAUGCGUAUGUAUAUAACUGGCGAUGGACGGCAAUUGUUGCCGUUAUCUACCAAUCUGGAAGACGGUUGUAAUCGUGUGGAAAUGGCAACGGCAGGAAAAUAUUGCUUUGAAUCCGGCGAUGAUCGUGCCAAUGAAAAUUUGCUACUAACAUCGAUGCAUCUGCUUUGGGCGCGUCAUCAUAAUUUUUUGGCGCGUGGCUUGCAGUCAGUCAACCCACAUUGGGAUGACGAGCAAGUCUUUCAGGAAUCGCGAAAAAUUUUGAGCGCUAAAAUGGCACAUAUUACAUACAAUGAGUUCUUACCGAUUCUAGUUGGUGAAAAGUUGGCUAAAAAAAAACGUUUGCUGCCAAGUACAGAUGAUUUGGACGCGCCCGACACCUACGACAAAAAUGUGGAUCCCAGCAUAGCGAAUUGCUUUGCGGGCGCAGCUUUCAGAUUUGCGCAUACAUUGCUGCCGGGAGUACUCAACGCCACAAGGGACAAUAGCGCGCCGGAAUCUAUUGAACUGCAUACAAUGCUCUUUAAUCCCUUUUCUCUCUGGUCGGAGCAUGGUAUCGAUCGUGCGCUCUUAACCGCCAGCAAUACGGCUGUGCUGCGGGUUAAUCGUUUCUUUUCCUAUGAGGUGACGCAAAAGAUAUUUGAAGGACGCCCUGAAGAAGAUAUGAGACCACUUUGCGGACUUGAUCUUGUUUCACUGAACAUACAGCGUGGUCGUGAUCAUGGCCUACCAGCGUAUCCAGUAUUUCGAAAACAUUGUAAGUUGUCAUCUACAGAUACGUGGGAAGAAAUGGCUAACGCCAUUGAUGCAAAUACCUUGCAGUCAAUAAGGAAAAUCUACAGCUCACCGCAUGAUGUCGAUGUGUACACGGGCGCAUUGAGCGAGCCUCCAUUGGAUGGCGCUAUAUUUGGACCAUUGCUCACUUGUUUGGUAUCAGACCAAUUUAUGCGCCUAAAACGUGGUGACUCUCAUUGGUAUGAAAGAAAGAUAGGACCGCAACGUUUUACUAAAGCGCAAUUACGUCAGAUAUAUAAUGUCACUUUAUCGAAGAUCAUUUGCCAGAAUGCGGAUGAUGUGCAACAGGUGCGGAAAUACGUAAUGAAACAAAGUAAAGACAGCGCUAACGGCUACGUAAAUUGUAGCGAAAUAGAGCAUUUUGACUUCAGCGCCUGGGCCACAACGCCACGGCCAGUCAAGUUGCAUAGCGUUGCGGUGAGUGAUGCAAAAAGCUUGAUUCGAGUAAUUCACGAAAAUGGCAACAGCACAGCGUCACCAAUGCCGAAGAAGCUUGUGGAGCCGAGCAAAGAGUGAAAAUGCAAAAAAAGUCUUGAACAAAUUUAAAGUUUUAUUUUGUAUUUAAUUAACAAAUUAAUAGAUUUUU